AUGUGGGUUCUAGUGGCCGCUCUGCAAAUGCAGCGGCUGGUUGGGGACUCCAUCGCAGAGAGCGGGGAGUCUGUGACCAUCUCCCAGCUAGGGCCGGAGAGCCUCGCAGUGCUGUCCUCCAUGGGCAGCAGCUUGGUGGCUCCCGAUCUCACGCUUGGGCGCCUAGAUGUCUACGCCAAGCCAGCGUCUGCCCGGCCGGCCAGCGAGCCGCUGGCCAAGGCUUGGGGCCUCAAAGAUCCGGAAACGGCGAUCGACACUUUGGUGGGCCUGAAGGGGUGGUCCCGCAGUGGCUUGGAUUUGGCUGAGAGGGCUUCGCCCUUUGAGACGUACAGUCCAAGCUUGAAAAUCGCCAAGCGCCAAGACGUGCGCAAGGCCAACGUGAUUUACAAUGGUCGCCUGUUGGAAUUUGAAGCGCUUUGCCUGCCGCAGCCGCGGCGCCGUGCUUCCACGCCCCAGGUGCGCCGCAGUCCAGGGGCUUGGCGCGCUCGAGCUGGCACACGGCUCGUGCAGCUGCGAGGUCCGGUCCGGUUCCGGUGUUGGGGGCUCCAGGAGCUUCCGCCUGCCGGGGAGGGCGCCCAGUACACCUGCUCCGAAGACGGGGAGUGCGUGGUUGAGCCGUGCCCGCCCACAGGCUGUCGGGCGUCCCUGGACGUGCGGAUAGACGACGUGUGGUACGACCUCUCGGGGUGGCGCAAGGCCCACCCCGGUGGGGAGCAUUGGAUCGACCACUACGACGGUCGCGAUGCCACAGAGGUCAUGCACGCCUUCCAUUCAGCCAAAGGCCGGGAGAUGCUGAAGCGGAUGCCCCGCUCAAAGAAAGCGAAGGAGCUGGAAGCCUCUUGUCCCCCACCGACGCCCCUGACCCGGGCCUUUCGAAACCUCAGGGCGAAGUUGGAAGACGAAGGGUGGUGGAAGCGCAGCCUGGUGCGCGAGGCGCGGCAGUGGAUCAUUUGGGCCACUUGCACCGGGCUGGGGGUCUUCUUCACCCACGGCCAGAUGGCCGCGCUGGGCGUAGUGCUGCUGGCGCUGGCCAAUACUCAGGCUGGUUGGUUGGCCCACGACUACCAGCACGGAGUCGACAGCUUUUGCGACCGCAUGCGCUGGAUGGGUCCUUUGUGCGCAGGGCUUUCCCCGAUCUGGUGGUCCGACAAGCACAACAAGCAUCAUGCCGUUACCAAUGAGGUUGGCAUGGACGAGGACAUCGCCACGGACCCGGUGCUCUUUGUGCGGGCGCCGGACCCCAAAGACGACUCAUGGCAUCGGAAAGUGCAGCACUGGACGGCGCCCUUCUCCUUCUCCAUGCUGUUCGUGAUUUGGCGGAUCGACUCCAUCAAGGCCGUGUGGAAGGAGCUGCGGCAGAAGAGGCCCAGAAAGGGCGCCAAGGCAGAGGCCUUUUUUCUGAGCGUCCACUGGGCGCUGCUUCUCAGCCUGGUGCCGUGGAAGCUCAUCCCGGCGUACAUCUUGCUGUCUGGCUUGAUCACUGCGAUCAUCACCACCGCCACGCACCAGUCUGAGGAGAUGUUUGAAGACUUCAAUCCUGACUUCGUGGACAACCAGUUCCGCACUACGCGCGAUGCGACCGUGCGGAACCCCUUUGCCAAGUGGAUUUGGGGAGGCAUGCAGUACCAACUGGAGCACCACCUGUUCCCGUCCAUGCCUCGUUCCAAGUACCCGGCCUUGAAGCCGAUCCUCCAGAAGUUUGCAGAGGUGAACCACGUGCCAGGCGGCCACCGCAGCAGCCCGGCCAUGGACUUGGUCGUGGGGAAUUGGAAGCUCUACGCCAAGGUGGCGCACGAGGCGCCACGGCCAGGUGCCAAGGCAACACGCUUGGUGCCAGCGUGA